CUGCGCAUGCGCGGCCGGGCGGGGCCGGACCAUGGGCAGGCAGCGAGCGGGGCCGAGCGUGGCCCGGGAGAUUGAUGGAUUGGAGGAGAAGCUAGCACGCUGCAGACAGAGCAUGGAAGAGGUGGCUCUUAAACUGCGCAGGGAGAAGCUCAGCCCCGAAGGAAGAAAGUCCCUGGAGAGAGAGCAAAACUUACUAAUGACCAAAGCUGACGACUAUGAGAAAGAACUGAGUGUGCUUCAUAAGAAAAAUCGCAAGAAUGCUGCCCUUGCUGUGGCCAUGGCAUUGCUGAUUGCUCUUAUUUACGCCUGCUGGACGAUGUGAUUGCACUCAAGAAUUCCCCCUGGUGAACAAAUGACUCCUGCAAGGAGCUCUUCCUCUACUCAGCAUUGUGCCUCCCCCAAGGGUGAGGAUCAGCUUUUCAAAUCACUGUUCUUGUUUAUUGUCUCCAAGCCUUGUUGCAGGGAAGAUUUUUCUCUGCAAAUUGAGGAGGACAGGAAACAAACCAGAAAUCACAGCACACUUGCUCUUGGAAAUCAGGUCAAGCAGAGCUCAGGGUGGUGCCAUCUUAGCCAAAACACAGUCAGGACCAUCGAGCCUGAUCCAGGAAGGCAAUACAUUCUCCCUUUUGAAGAGGACCUUUGUGAUUGCAGACAGGUGCUUUCUGCUCAGCCCCGGUGGAAUAUACACCUUGGCUCCUGUGACACAGUCAUAAACUGAGGGGACCAAGCUAUUGAUUCAAAGGGUAAUCUGUAGGUACCGUGAUUUUAUAUGUUCCCAGAGCUGAGCUAAAGAUACUUCGUCCUCCACGCUGACUUCCAGGACCAAAGGAAGCCUACCUCCACAAAAUCAGAUGGGAUGUCAGUACCUCUGCAAGUGGGUAGCGUCCACAUUGAGAGUGGGGUGCUUGGGCUGUGAGAUGAUCUGCCUACCUCUCCAGUGCAUCAGAGCUUAAUAACCAUUUUGUGCCUUUGAGAAUCAGCAUUUGCAGAAGACAAUUUACUAUCAACCCCCAGAAAUGUAAGUGCUUCUGUAGAGCUUUAAAUAAAAUAAUUUGACCUUUUAA